AUGCCAAACCAGCAGAAGAAAAUCAUCUUUUGCAUGGCUGGUGUGUUGAGCUUCCUCUGUGCUCUCGGAGUUGUAACAGCAGUGGGGACACCACUGUGGAUUAAAGCCACAAUCCUCUGCAAAACGGGGGCUCUGCUUGUCAAUGCCUCAGGGGAGGAGCUGAACAAGUUCAUGGGCGAGAUGCAGUAUGGGCUUUUCCACGGAGAAGGCAUAAGGCAAUGUGGGUUAGGAGCAAGGCCUUUCCGGUUCUCAUUCUUCCCAGAUUUGCUGCAAGCCAUCCCUGUGAGCAUCCACGUCAAUAUCAUUCUCUUCUCCAUGAUUCUUGUCGUCUUAACCAUGGUGGGGACAGCCUUCUUCAUGUACAACGCCUUUGGCAAGCCCUUUGAAACUCUGCAUGGUCCACUGGGGCUGUAUCUCGUGAGCUUCGUUUCAGGCUCCUGUGGCUGUCUUGUCAUGAUAUUGUUUGCCUCUGAAGUGAAAAUCCACCACCUCUCAGAAAAAAUUGCAAAUUUUAAAGAAGGGACCUACGCCUACAAAACGCAAAACGAAAACUACACCACCUCAUUCUGGGUUGUUUUCAUUUGCUUUUUUGUUCAUUUUUUGAAUGGGCUCCUGAUCCGACUUGCUGGGUUCCAGUUCCCUUUCGCAAAAUCUAAAGAUACAGAGACUACUAAUGUGGCUGCAGACUUGAUGUACUGA